UAAUCACGGAGCUUCUGACAGGCCGGCGACCUGCAAACCGCACAAACAGCGCCACGUGCCGCUCACCUGACUGCAGUCCCGUGACCUGCAGCGGGCCUCGGCUUGUUCGGACCGUCGGCCUCCCCGCAAUUCGCAGCAGUUCGCUCCAGCUGCCGGAUUACUAUUUCUCUCCCUUUCGAAGCCUAUUUAUGUACGAGAGAUUGCGGGUCAAUCUCUUUCGCCCUCUUUUCCAUUCCAAUUGAGAUCGCAUUGCGAACGACUCAUCAGUAUCCACUCUAAUCUGCUAAAGUUGCGGGCUAAUCAUCUCCAAUUAUCCAACCCGGCACUUUUCAUACUUCGUGCGGAGUAACAUUUCCACUCUUAAUCUACAACCAUGGCCAGCGAGGAUCUCAUCACCGUCACUUACCAGGACCGAGUGGCCAUCAUCACCCUCAACCGUCCUGAUAAGCUCAAUGCCCUCAACAUAGAUCUCUACUACCUUCUCGGAGAACGGCUCCGGGAAGUCGACAAGAGGGACGACAUCUUCAUCACCGUGCUGACCGGCACGGGGCGAUUCUUCUCAGCCGGCGCAGACGUAACCUCGACCCGCCCCGGCGGCAGCCUGGACAGCAACGCGCGGCGCGAGAUCGUGCGCGGGUUCGUCUCCAACAACUUCGACAUCACACGGACGUUCGCGCACCACUCCAAGAUCCUGGUCGCGGCGCUCAACGGGCCGGCAGUAGGCCUGUCCGCCGCGCUCGUCGCCCUCUCCGACUUCGUGUACGCCGCGCCGCACACCUUCCUCCUGACGCCGUUCUCGUCGCUCGGGCUCGUCGCGGAGGGCGGCAGCUCGCGGGCGUUCGUGGAGCGGCUCGGCAUCGCCAAGGCCAACGAGGCCCUGAUCAUGAGCAAGCGCAUCACCUGCGACGAGCUGGUGGCGACCGGGUUCGUGAACAAGGUGAUUGCGGCGCCCUCGGGCCGGCAGGAGGAUUCGACGGGGUUCCUGGCGAAGGUGCUGGAGGAGGUGGAGGAUCGGUUGGGUACGCAUCUGAGCCAGUCGAGUUUGCUGAAGAUCAAGGAGUUGAUUCGGCGGCCGGAGCGGGAGGUUCUGGAUCGCCAGAAUGGGAUCGAGGUGUUUGCUGGGUUGGAGCGGUUCUUGAGUGGUGGGCCGCAGGAGGAGUUUAGGCGGUUGGCUUCGGGGGAGAAGAAACAUAAGUUGUAAUUUUUUUAACGAAAAUUAUUUUUCUGUAUAACUGGGUUGGAACACUGAUUAGUUCCUUCCACGGAGGCCGAAUUGUA